AUGUCGCGACAUCAAUACGAUUUGGUCCAAUGUAUGAAACAACCAGGAAAGACAAUAGGUCAAAUAUGCCCUAACUGCGAUGGCAAAUGUCCCGUUUGUGACUCAAUGGUGAAACCCACAACCAAAGUCCGAAUAUGCCAGGAUUGUUCUGCUGAAUAUCUCCGAAAUAAAUGUAUUAUAUGUGGACAUAACUUGGGUUUGAACAAUGAAAACGGCGUCGAUGCUUAUUACUGCCUUGAAUGUUGCAGAAUGGAAAAAGAUAGAGAGGGGUGUCCGAGGGUGACAAAUGUUGGAGGCAAUAAGAUUGAUAUGAUAUACCUGAAGAAGAAGGAUAAAGAUUCUACGAAAUCGCUUUUAAAUAACACAUGA